CCUCUUUGCAAAGGAGAACCUGCACCACAUGAGUGAGCACCAGCUGAACCUCUACGACCGCCUCAUCAACGAGCCCCGUAACGACUGGGACAUCUACUACUGGGCCACAGAAGCAAAGCCCACACCAGUGGAGUUUGAGAGCGAGGUGAUGGCCAAGCUGCGGGAGUUCGCCAAGAACAAGAAGAAGGAGCAGAGGCUGCGACAGCCAGACCUGGAAUACCUCUUUGAGCACCCCCACUCGCAACAGUGA